AUAGCCAGUAUAAGGAUAUAUGAACGACUAGCUAAAAGGCUGCCUAAUGCGGUUAAGCUUGGGCCGACUCGUGCUAGUCCUAUGACAAGCACUGCGACCGCAAGACAUAAACCGUUAAGGCAGAGGGAGGUAACAAAGAGCUCAGAUAAAGGGCCAAAGGGAUUCACGAUAACGGGGGAACAAACCGGGCAGCAGAUUGCCAGUCCUAGUAAUACGUUGUGCAUCGUCGCACGUAGGUGCGAUUCGCCUGGGUUUCACAGGGUCAUCAGGAUACUUAUUAAGAUUCACAAUAGGGAGUGA